AUGUUUGGUGAGCUUUUGGAAUGGGUGCAUAAGAUUGUUAAUAGAGACAACAGGGAAGACAAACUUUGUUUAAAGUUCUCAGUUUCAAUAUCCUCGAAUGAGUGUAAGCAUAUCAAGAUUAAGGACAAUGAUGAUGUUAAAUUUUUUAUUAAGUACAUUUGUGAAGUAAUUCCUUCAAAAGUGGCUCCUUUACUGGUGAGCAUAGAAGAUAGAGGAGUGACAAAUGUCGUAGGUGAUCGUAUACAUAUCACGACGGAUAUGAGUCGGAUGGCCUGUUCUUCAAAUGCCAUAGUUGAAAGCAAUGGUGAUGUACAUGGUGAUUUUGGAACAGAAUAUUUAGACAUGAUUGAUUUUACAAGGGUGGAGGGGAUGCAUAGUGGUGAUAAUGGUGUGGUUGGUUUUGGAACAACGUCUGAACUUUCUAUUCAACAUAAUUGGAGGCAAAUGGGUGAACAAAACGUGCACAAUUUGGGUAUUGUAAAUGAUGAAGAAGAAGAUAUUGAAAGUGCGUAG